UUAGGUAGAUUCAAAAUCUAAAAAAAAAAUUGAAACAGAGCGGGCGAAAGUAAAAACAGCAAAAGGAGUGAAAGUAGAGAAUUAAGAGCGAACAAGUUUGGGAGAGAAGUAGUCGGGCAAUUAUACAGAGUAAACAAUUAAGAGAGAGAGAGGGAAAAAGAAACCGGGAACAUGAGAUAAAGUAUAAAGCACAGAAAAGAAAGAGGAUAAAGUAAUAAGAGAGUGAGAAAGAAAGAGAGAGAGAGAGGGGAGUAUGUGUAUGUGUGAGCGCAAUUAAGAAAAGCGGAGAAGAGGGAGGGAACAUGAGAGAGAUAGAGUGAGAAGAUAAACAAGGAAGAGAGAGAGAGAGGGUGAGAGACUGAAAACGUGUCUGUCUGUAUGUUAAAGCGCAUAAGCAGACACAGCACGUCUCGGGCAAAUACGAACACUGAAACUUAUUAUAUAUACACACAACACAAAUUUUAUAAACACAUUAUAGGGAAAAGCAGAAAGACAUUAAUUAUACACUCAUGCGGCGACAAAUCUAGUUCUAUAUCUGUGGAAUUCCCUGCAGUAGUAAGCUGGCUGGCUGCAACUUUACCGAAAACUGCUUCCUGCUGCCAUGGAAGUAAUAUUGCACGAGGAAUAGCAUCAAAAUACUCCCCCAGAUUGUGUGUGAACAUCUACGUGUCUCGUGGACCAAAGAAUGGUAAUACAUGUACACAAUGUCAUCGAUGGAGAACAGCUGACCUUUGCCUUACCUCUUCUUGUUGGAGAGGUAGUCUCAGCCGCACCAGGAAAGUCUUCUUCUUCUUCUCCUUCUUCCUUUUCUUCUUCUUCUUCUUCCUCACUCGACAGCCAAGUGCAGGUAUGGAACAAAAGCAGCGCAUCUGGGAAGACUCUCAGUUGGCUCCUUGUGGAGGGCUGUUUCAAGGCCCUGGUUCAUCUCGAACUGGGAAAGAACUUGGUUCACAUCAAAUUUGGAGAGGAGGAAGUUAUCCUCACCUUGUUUCUCAUCAAUCCUCACUUUACUCAUUUUGUGCGUCCCGUUUACAUCAUCUGUGCCGAUGACAGUGGUGAGUUCCAAGGACCCCCAGGGGAGGACUGCACUGCUGAAAGUGCACUGCGUCGAAUUGCAUUUGCUGCACAACUGCUUCAGACAUUCACUGCCGAAAAAUUGCUGGAGCAUGGUUUCCAGCGACAGACAUUUCAAAUCGAGGCAGAUCUGCAUACAAACAAACCAAUUUGCCACCUGUUUCGAAGCAAACUGCAAGUUGAGGAGGCCUCACAGAUGACAGGCCAACAAUUGUGGACAUAUUUCGCUAAGGAGCUCAUGAUGUCACCACUGUUUGAUCGAAAGGACUUGUGCAAGUGGUAUUGUUUCAUGAGCUUCACUCGCUACAAACCCCCUCCAGGGAACAUUCCUAAAACCUACAGUCAAAUCCUUAAAUAUACCUCAGGGCACACAGCACUAGGUGGUGGUGGCUUAGCAUUAUUUGGUAGCGGCAACUUACACACCUGGGCUGAGGAACUGCAGCAGUUAUCGUUCCGCUUCACAGAUUGCAGGAAAAUAAAUCGUUCCAAACUGAUGGAUGACAGUGCAUAUCGCGAAUAUUACUGGGCCAACUAUUCUACAGGCCUCGGUUCAUCUUUACAUGAGCUGGGCCACACAUUUGAUCUGGCCCACACUAAAACUGGCGUCAUGGCACGGGGCUUUGAUGACAUACAUCGAGUCUUCACGGUUCAAAGAUCACAAGUUCACAAUUCAGAGCGCGAAUACAAGGUACCAAACCAGACAGGUUCACCACGGUUGUUGCCCCUUGGAGAAAUUGGUGGGCCUCCACUGGAAAGCCAUGCUCGCCAUUAUCGUGAUGCCUGUUAUGGGAGUCCCUUUAAAAGGGUGGUGUCACAUGUCUCAACAGUGAACAACAACAAUGACAACAGCCACAACAGCACCAAUACCAACAACGCCAACAUCAACAACAAUAACAAAAGCAACAACAGCAGCAGAAGUACUGCCAACCAAUCGCCACCAACAUUGCUGCUGAAGGUGGAGACUGACUUUCGACCCGUCGCAUCACAGACCUCAUUGACGAUGUGUGUGAAGAAUUACGAUGGUACAGAGACGCACAAGACCAUCCUUCAGGACGAAAGGCAGGAGACAGUCAAGGAGGUGACUGUCUCCCAAGAUGGUAAGGUGCUUGCCAGAAAGUACACUCGAACAGAAAAAUGGUUUAAAUAUCUUAAACAUGUGGUGCAACCUGGUGGCCAGUUAUUGUAAGGGAGAUAAUUAUAU